CCUCUUCCUCUCCCACUCACCCUCUUUUCCUUUUCACCACUGCGGGGACUUCUUCUAAUUUGCAGUUUUCCUUUUCCUGACGUACACAUGGUAGAGACAAGCUGGUGGCUUGCAGACUGCGUCUGUCUGGGCAUAGGCAGCGAGCCGAUGGAUAACAACACUCCAUGAGAAUGAUUAUGCAGCAGUUAUUUAAGGAUAGGCUUUUGGGGUAUGGCAGCGUGUGAGCUGAUUCUCUGGUAUAUAGUCUUGGUCGUGACUCACUGAUUGGAAUCUGCUUGUUCACAGAUCAAAAAGGAACAGAGAGUUUCCCUUGUUUAAGAACCAGACACAGCAUCCUAUCAUCUGCUUAACCAGGCCAAGCAGUGAAGGCAAGAGGCCAUGGCGGAGGAUAGGAAGGACGAAGCCAAGGCACCUCACUGGACUGCAGGUCAGCUAACAGAGGCCUCUGCGCACCCACAUUCACCUGAAAUUAAGGAACAGGGCGGCGCAGGUGCUGGACUGGUCAGAAGUGCCAAUGGAUUUCCCUACCGAGAGGAUGAGGAGCCAGGGCUGGGCAGCCACGAGCAGCCAGGGACAUAUGCUCGGACCAAAGAAAAUGGGAUCAACGGGGAGCUGUCAGCAGGAGACAGGGAGACUGCAGAGGAAGUGUCUGCGAGGAUAGUACAAGUGGUAACAGCUGAAGCUGUAGCAGUCCUGAAAGGAGAACAGGAAAAAGAAGCCCAGCACAAAGACCAGCCUGGACCACUACCUUUAGCAGUCGAAGAGUCAGCCAACCUGCCUCCUUCCCCACCUCCAUCACCAGCUUCCGAAAAGACUGGAGCUCUGGACGAAGAAGAAGAACCAGUAAAGAGUCUGAUGGCUGUGGAAGCGAAACCUGCUGCUCUUCCAGGGAAGCAAUUGGGGAAAGAGCAUGGGCCCACUGAGCCUUCGGACCAGACAAAAGGCCUCUGUAAGGGUCAGUCGGAUUCUGGUUUGGAGGCCAAAGUGUGUCAUGAAGACAAAGUGCCAAGUGUGGCAUCCAGCAGGGAGAGUGUAACUGUUGUGGCGGAAAUACUCCUAAAAGACACAUCCCCUUCCUCAGCUGAGGAAGAUUUACUUGCAGCCACGAAGAUGGAAUUCCGUGUCCAGGAGGGCGCACGCCCUUUCGCAGCAGAACCAUUAGACACAAAGCAACAUGAAUCUGGGAAAGACAGUAAGACUGGUGAGAAACCUAAAUACGAUGCCUUAGUUCCACAGCCAUCAAAAACAGAGGCUAUAGAGAAAAAGGAUUCACAGAGCAAAGACACCGAAAAAAUGCCUUCACCUCUAUCAGAACAGAUCUUGGAAACUGAUUCACAAAAGAAAGGGGAAGCCAGUUUUGCAGAACCUGGUGCCAAGCCUCCUGCUUCUCAAGAACAAAAGGACUUGUCAUUUGAACUGCCUAAAGGGAGCAAAACAGAAGAAAGGACUGCAGAUAUGCCUCCACCAUCCAGCCAAGCUAUGUCUAUGACAUUUAAAGAUGAUCUUAAAGAUGUCCGAGAUCGUCCCAUCAGCCAUGGUGAAAGUUCUCUAUUGCUAUCAGAAUUCAAGGCAGAAGGAGUCAAAAGUGAACUUCCUUCAGGUCUGUCUCCUGCUGUCCCCCAGGAGCUUCCACUUGAAGACAAUUCCAAAACAAAACAAGAACCCACAGACCAACUGUUUGCCAAAGAUCUCACUAAAGACAGGACGCUAGCUCUGCAGGAAGUCUCAGCAGUAACUGUAGAUGGCAUGAAAACGCCAAGCACCCAGAAAAUCCCUGCAUGGGGGGAGGAAAAGGACAUGACCAAGGAUGAGAGUGAUGAAGAAGAAAGGUAUGACUUCUAUGAUAAAGGGGAUGCUCAAGCAUUAGAUGGUGGUAAACUGACCACAGAACCUGAAAUUAAGGCACUUUUCCUAGACAAAGCAGACUUUCAAAAGGCUGGUGAAGCUAAAAAGUCACCUGAUAUUUUCACAGCAGAAAAAGAAAUGGACCAAAGUGGACUCCCAGCAACAGUAGACAUGAAAAAGGAAGCGCAGCCAAGCACACACGUACUCCCAGCCAAGUUAGGCCAUGAACUGACCCUUGAGAAAACAGUAGAGCACCCUGAUAGCACUCAGCUAUCCAGAGUAACAGAGAGAGCCCCUGAGGCACCAAGUUUAACCACUGACAAGACUCUUACUAUGGAAGCUUCUCAAGAGAAAGAUGUUAAAAAAGAUAAGACAAGUGUUUCAGCUCCUCAAACCAAAGAAGAGGAGGAUCGAUCAGGAAUGUCAAAGUACUUUGAAACCUCUGCUUUGAAAGAGGAAGCCUUCAAAGCAGAUGCUCUGAAACAAGGCAGUGAUUACUAUGAGCUAAGUGACACCAAAGAGAGUGUCUAUGAGCCUUAUCAGACAGAUCGUCUAAUACCUGAAGACAAAGAAGAAGAGGAGGAAGAACUGCAGACAGAAUUGGAUCAGCAGCAGAGUGCACCUGCUCAUGAAAUAGGGUACAGUACCCUGGCUCAGAGCUUUACACCAGACAAGUCAGAAGAGCCGAAUUCCCCAACAGAACGAAUGUUCACAAUUGACCCCAAAGUCUAUGGGGAUAAGAGAGAACUCCACAGUAAAAAUAAAGAUGACCUAACUCUGAGUAGGAGCCUGGGACUUGGGGGCAGAUCCGCAAUUGAACAGAGAAGUAUGUCUAUUAACUUGCCCAUGUCCUGCCUGGAUUCCAUAGCUUUAGGAUUUAGCUUUGGUCGUGCACAUGAUCUUUCUCCCCUUGCUUCAGAUAUUCUAACUAACACUAGUGGCAGUAUGGAUGAAGGUGAUGACUACUUGCCAGCAACCACACCAGCACUGGAGAAGGCUCCCUGUUUCCCUAUUGAUAGUAGAGAGGAAGAUGAACAUAUUGAAGAAGAAAAAGCAAUGGCAGAAGAAAAAGUCCAGCCUGAGACUGUGGCCGAAUCACCUUUCCUGGCCAAAGAUUAUUACAAAAAUGGGGCUGUCCUAGCUCCUGACCUGCCUGAAAUGUUAGACUUAGCAGGGACAAGAUCUAGGUUAGCCUCUGUGAGUGCAGAUGCUGAGGUGGCACAGAAGAAAUCAGUUUCUUCUGACACUAUUGUAGAAGACAGCAGCACAGCCCUGCCCCCUGUGACAGAUGAAAACCACGUGACUCUCAAAGCUGAAAGUCAGCUAGAAGACUUGGGCUACUGUGUUUUUAAUAAGUACACAGUCCCACUCCCUUCUCCAGUUCAGGACAGUGAGAAUUUGACGAGUGAAACCUGUCCGUUUUAUGAAGGCACAGAUGAGAAACUGAGACGCGGCGUAGCUCCUGACCUGUCUUUGAUAGAAGUGAAGCUGGCAGCAGCUGAAAAAUCCAAAGAAUUCCUCAGUGAAAAAGACUUAGGUCAGCAUGCCACUGGUGAGUCUGUUCUGGCGAGGGACUUUGAGCAGGAAAAAAGAGAUAAGCUGGAUACUGUGCUAGAAAAAAAUGAAGAUCAUCUUGACUCUAGAGAGGUCUGUCUCAUUAAAGGUGCAGAGCCGGAGAAGACAAGACCUGAGGCAAUCUUAGAAAUGAAAGAGGAAAGUGUGGCUGAUAAAGUUCAUGUAACUGGCGAUACCAUGUAUGACAGAAUAUCAGCUUCCGAGACAGCAGUAGAAAAAGGUGCUGUUUUUUCAUCAAUAGAGAAGGAGGAGAAGACUCUUUGUGUUGUUCCUGAGUUAGCUGAGGUAGAAGCUCCAAUUAAACCGGAUUACAAUGCUAUAAAGCAUGAUAUGGAAGUGGCUGCAAUGAGAGCUGACCAAGAAUAUCAGAGUCAGUUAGAAGCUAAGAUUAGCGAGGUUACUUCUCUCCUGUCAGGGAAGGACAAAGCCUCUGUUAAAAGAGCAGAGCCUGAACCCAAAGAUACUCAACAGAAAGAUCAGACCAUCUUGUCCAGAGAAGCAAAGGAUGCAGAUGUACUUUCCAAGAUCGAGCCUAGUUAUGUGAAGGACAGCAGCAAACUGUCAGAAACAGAAAUUAAAGAAAAAGUAACUAAGCCCGAUCUGGUACAUCAAGAGGCAGUUGAUAAAGAAGAGUCUUAUGAAUCUAGUGGAGAGCAUGACCAAGGCCAAGAAAGUUUGAAUGGAGAAUCCUUGAAACCAGAGGAUAUCAAAGCAGAACCUGCAAAGCGUCCUGUGUCUGAUGAAGAGCUGCCUGCACAGUUACCAGCAAAGGAGCCUUCUAUGGAGCUCCUCCUUCCAAAAGCUGAGCCUCUCCAGGAAGAGCCUGCUGAGAUUCAGAUGGAGAGUAUACCACAGCCUGCAGAAGGAACUGAAAAGACUCCUGAUACAGCUGUGAAACCUAUGGAAGUCCAAAAUCUGCUGCCAUGUGAAGUGACAGCUGGGGCCUCAAAAGAGGAAGAACAUGAGGAAGAAGAGGUAGGGCUAGAAGAAAUCAAAGAAGAUAAACAGCAUCUCAUAUCAGAAAUGCCCUCAGAAACAGACUUUGGGAAACCUACUACUGAAGAAAUGCUAGCCAAGGGCAGCCCAGAAGCACUGCCUGAACUGAAGGGCAUUAUUGAAUCAGUGGUGACAGUAGAGGAUGACUUUAUCACAGUGGUCCAGACAACAGUUGAUGAGGGUGAAUCUGCUUCUCACAGUGUGCGCUUUGCUGCUACUCAGCAGGAAGACAUUGAAACAGGGGACUCCCAGGCUGAAGAGGAGCUGGAGGUUGAGGAAAUGGCAGACAUUCAAGUUGAGCCCAAGGAGGGCUCCCCAGAAGCUCCUGCUUCACCCCAGAGAGAAGAAAUCCUACUCACUGACUACAAGACAGAGACGUGUGACGAUUACAAAGAUGAAACAACAAUCGAUGAAUCCGUCAUGGACACAGACAGUCUCUGGGCAGAUACUCAAGAUGAUGAUAGGAGCAUCAUGACUGAACAGUUAGAGACUGUUCCUAAAGAGGAGAAGGCAGAGAGAGAAUUGCGAAGAUCAUCUCUCGAUAAGCAUAAAAAAGAGAAACCUUUUAAAACUGGGAGAGGCAGGAUUUCUACUCCUGAAAGGAAAAUAGCUAAAAAGGAACCUAGCACACUCUCCAGAGAUGAAGUGAGAAGGAAAAAAGCAGUGUAUAAGAAAGCUGAACUUGCUAAAAAAACUGAGGUUCAGACCCACUCUCCUUCCAGGAAAAUCAUUUUAAAACCUGCUAUCAAAUAUACUAGACCAACUCAUCUCUCCUGUGUUAAACGGAAGCAGACAGCAGCAGGUGGUGAAACAAACCAGGCUCCUGGUGUAUUUAAACAAGCAAAGGAAAAACUCUCAGAUGGAGUAAGCAAGAGUCCUGAAAAGCGUUCCUCUCUACCACGACCUUCCUCUAUCCUUCCUGCUCGAAGAGGUGUAUCAGGAGACCGAGACAGAGAGGAGAAUUCUCUCUCCCUCACAGCUUCUCUCUCUUCAGUACGACGGACCACCCGAUCAGAGCCAAUUCGUAGCAGAACAGGAAAAAGUGGAACUUCGACUCCCACUACUCCAGGCUCCACUGCCAUCACUCCAGGGACACCACCAAGCUAUGCCUCCCGUACCCCAGGCACUCCAGGGACACCCAGCUACUCCAGGACCCCACACACUCCUGGCACCCCCAAAUCUGCCAUACUGGUACCUACUGAGAAAAAGGUUGCCAUAAUUCGCACUCCUCCUAAAUCUCCAGCCACUCCAAAGCAGCUACGGGUUAUUAAUCAGCCUCUACCUGACCUCAAGAACGUCAGGUCCAAAAUUGGAUCAACAGAUAAUAUCAAAUACCAGCCUAAAGGGGGGCAGGUUAGGAUUUUAAACAAGAAGAUCGAUUUUAGUGAUAUUCAAUCCCGCUGUGGUUCCAGAGAUAACAUCAAACAUUCUGCAGGGGGAGGAAAUGUACAAAUUGUAACCAAGAAGAUUGACUUGAGUCAUGUGACUUCCAAGUGUGGCUCGCUCAAGAAUAUCCACCACAAGCCAGGAGGCGGGCGUGUGAAAAUCGAGAGCGUGAAACUGGAUUUCAAAGAAAAAGCUCAGGCUAAAGUUGGUUCACUGGAAAAUGCCCACCACGUACCUGGUGGUGGUAACGUCAAGAUUGACAGCCAGAAGCUAAACUUCAGAGAGCACGCUAAAGCCCGUGUCGAUCACGGGGCUGAGAUCAUCACACAGUCACCAGGCAGGUCCAGCGUGGCUUCACCACGCAGACUCAGCAACGUCUCAUCCUCUGGAAGCAUCAACCUGCUUGAGUCGCCCCAGCUUGCUACCCUUGCUGAAGAUGUCACGGCAGCCCUUGCUAAGCAGGGCUUAUGAAUCUGCUCAUUUCGCAUUGUAUGAAGUAAUAAUAUCUAGGCAUGAGCUCUUGGCAGGAAUGGGCUCAGAGCAGGUGUUACAUUCAUCCUUUAUCAUGUCUAAAACAAAGUCACAUCCCAAGACUUGUAGUUACCAUACAGUUAAAAAAAACAGAAAAAAAUAUAAUUAAAUAGAUGCAGAAAUUGGCCUGAUCUCCAUUUACAACAGGAAGACACUGGCUUUAUAUGGGUAAUACAACUGCAGUAUGUUACAUUGGACAAUUAUUGUUGCUCUGCUCUGUCUUGCAUGGAGUACCGUACUAUGAUAAAAUGCAUUUUUACCUUUCAUGUGCCUGAAGGCCAUCCACCUCUUUCUGAAGAGCCUUGUUAAUAUCCCAAGUUGCUCAUUUCACUGUUCUGUUGAUAGCUGGGGAAAUGAAAGAAAUUGCCCAUUGUAAGUUAUGACAGGUCAAAUGAACAGUUUGCUUAGCAGAAGGAAGGGCAUGUAGAGAAAUUCAAGUUUAAUUAAAAAAAAAAAAGGUGUUAUUUUGUAUAAAUGAGUAGAACAAAAGUUGAAUUAAAUUAUUAACAUUUUUUGGGGGCCUGGUUAAUUAUGUCAGUGUAUAGCUGAAAAGCCAAUAAAUUAUUUAACUAAUAACUAAAAGUAGUAGUUGAAAACAUUCAAACCAUGCUUGGGGAAGUGCCGUAAUAAAGCUGUUGAAAGCAGCACUUCCACCCCAACAGACUUGUGUCUGAUUAGAAAGUUGGUUAAGCGGCUAGAUUUGUGUAUGCACCACCGGUUUCACAUCCUUUCCAUCUGUUUGAUACAGUAUUAUAGAUAUAUAUAUAUUUCUCUGUGGCCAUUUGUGAUACACCCUCCUCAUAUACUUGAAUAUUCUACUUCUUUAUUCACAGUAUCUGUGUCUCUUGCACCCUUUGGUGUUGCAAUUUUAGGUAUGUAAAAGUAGAUGUUAGCAGGGUUUUUUUUCCCUAUUCGUAAGAAUACAUUUAAAAAAAAGAUGAAAAUUUUAGCAUGAAGUUGCUUUCUGUAACAACUAAAAGCCGUGACCCUGUUUUAGUGCCAGAUGCAAGUCUCUUCUGUGAUGCUAGAAAAAGGAUUCCUUCCUUCUUCCCUUCUCUCCCUUUCUUCACAAAGGUAUGAUUUUUGUGGGGUCCGGAUGUUUGUAAAAGGGUCUCUAAAGAUGGCUGAGUUUGGAUUCUGAAUUAUAAAAAAAAAAAAAUCCACAAUAGUUUGGUUCUGGGUUGGUUGUUUGGUUUUUUUUCCUUUCUUAUUUUCUAUUUUGGUUGGUUGGUCUUGUUUUGUUAUUUUGUUUUUUUUUAACUCCUGUAGUAACAGUGAAUGUUAGAUUUAUUUAUUUUUUUCUUUUGCUAAAGUUGAAACGCAGAAAAAAAGUAUUAAUAUUUUUUUUUUCCACUCUUUUAGUGAUGACUUAUACACUCAGGCACUCAGAUAACAGUGAUAAACAUAACAGAAAUGCCUGUAAGUUGUAGUAUGUAGAUAAAUAAAGUGAGCCCCCUAGACUGGGUUGCCAUAGUGGUUCAUCAGUAAAUAGGGCAUCUUAAAACCUGAGCAAAGUGGGAUCAUAAUGACUAUAAAACGUAUAAGGAAAAGUGUGCAUAAAAGAUGGAAGGCAGAGAUACGUAAACAAGUGAUCCAGCGGAGUUACCUGUGGGAACUCCAACACUAUCUUAUGGACACUAAGAGAACACUGAAGGUAAUAUGGUAGUAUUCUGCAUCAGCAGAUAACCACCUGCUGGUAAUAUAUGUACAGUAGACAUAUGGAAUGACCAGUUUACAUUCUUGCAGAUUGUUUAAUCUUUUCCUUUUAAAAUUUCUCAACUAAACUUUGCACUGUCAGUUGAGCUAUACUCAAUACAUGUAUUAGGUUAACGUUGUGUGUUGGAAGCUUUUGAUCUGUUCUUUUUCCUUCUUAAUUUGUAUGUGUGCGUGUGUGUGUGUUGGGCUUUGAUCUGAAAAGACUCGUAGAGAUUUUUAUGUCUGUGGAGAAGGAUUCUAAUAAUUAAUAGCACAGGAUUCCCCGCCAUUAAAUUCAGGUAGUAAAUGCAGUUACUAGACAGUAAGUGUUCAGUGGACCAAAGGGGGAUUUUGGCUAAGCUGUCACAGCAGCACAAAGACAAAACAAAAA